UGUCCUUUUGGCUUGUUGUGCUUACAGUAAACCAACUUUUGCUGUAGGUUCUUUUUGUUUGGCUUCUGUUACAUUGCUUCAUGCAGGAACACAAGAGACUGUUGCUCUGGAAUUUGAUUGUGGCACUUUUUGCCUUGGGUCAAGCAUGGUCAAACAUGAUCAGUCCUCAGCCAAGCAGUGGUUUAAAGGCAGACUGUGUUGGUAAUCUGAUGAGGCUGACCCUAGAUGAGGCUCUCGCAGUGGGGAAUCAGCUUGAAGUCGAAGCUCUCAAUGGCACCCAGUACAUCUUGUUGACACCCAGUCUAGCUGCUCAGUGUGGCUACAGCAUGGAGUCAGAUCCUUGGGGCAACACUAGAAUCUACACCUCUCUGUUAGGGUGCUUUGUUCAGAAUAAGGAUGACAUGGUGGUCGGUGUUGGUCUGAAACUCAAAAUCUACCGCCAUAGUCCUUCUGAUGUGGUUAGUCACGAUGUGGCACAGACCUGCAGCUACACACGCUGGGCCCCCCAAGAGAUCCUUUGUGACAGGAACUACAUGGAAGUUUCAAGAUACAUGGCUCCCCAUGUUGAAAAGGACUCCCAACUCAACACAAUCCUUAGUACUUCUGAAGAAGUGUCUGGAAUCUGGAAGAUGACAUUUUUCACUCCUGAACCUAUGUCAAUGGUCUUGAAAGAAGCCCAACAGGCUGGUUACAGUGCCAUGACAACAGCUACCCGUGUGGUUGUACGAAGUCCUUACAACACAGCAGAGACUUAUUCAGAGGCUGUUGCUGGAGUCCCCAUGGAAGUAUUGAAGGUGAGCAUUUACCACAAGACUCUAGAUGGACUGAGUGUCUUCAACUUGGUAGCUGCUUGUCCCACAGGUGGCGUCCUGUUCACUGGGGACCUAAUCUCUUGGCAUGUACCUCGCCGUGUGACUCCUUUGUUGGAUGGAAGCAUUAGACUUGUAGAAAUGAACAUGGGAAUCAAUGGACUGAAGUUGGAUAACGUUCAGAUGGCUGCAAGGGGGUACUAUCUGUAUACUACAGAUUUCUAUAUUAUUGUGGAGAUCCCAAUUGGCUCACCUGAUGGCUACUACAAGAGCCAUGCACCAGACUUCCAGUACCACAUCACCUAUACUAUUGAGCCAAUGCUGGAAGUUUUAUGGAAGGCACAGCAAACACAAGACACAAGAUAUAAGAUCUUAUUCCCCAUUACAACCCCACCAAUGCCUCGUCCUCCCUACACAAAUGACCGUACUGUGCCAGAAAUGAGGGAAUUCAACUUUUACGUUGGAACAUUCCUUCAUGAUGUGGAGCUGAGGAACAUCACAUUUGCUACUGGAGUCCUUACUGUAGAGGAGAGCAAUGCCAGAGGGUUCACUGUUCAGCAGCAUGUAUUCGCCAAUGGAACAUCAGUCUUCUUUAUCAAAGUUCCUUUUGAUACUGAUGUCAUCUUCAAGCAUAAUCCACAGGUCUUGGUGACUACCUACACCCUCAAUGUGGUCUUUGGCUUUGUCAUUCUGCCUGAGGAAAGUUCAUUUGUCUAUGCAGUGGAAUUGCAGGCAUCUCUUCAGGAUGUUGUGUUGCCUACACUCACUGGCUCUUGUGACCAGGAUCAGUUCUACAUUGUAGUGAAAUAUGGCAGCCAAGGGACCAACUUCAACACAGUGGUUGGUGGGUUGGACUUGACACCAGAGUUGGCUGAAGCCUACAAGAUCAAAGGCAAUGCCACACAUGGCAGUAUUGAAGUACCAUAUACAGCAAUUGGCUCAGUGUUUGAGUUGAUCACAACAAAUUCAAUCCGAGCCAGACUUGAUGUGCUUGUGUGGGACCCAGUUACCAACUGGAUUCUUUCUGACUUGUUCCUGGCCUGCUACUUCCCUUUGACAACCACCAGAUGCUACCCCAAUGGAACAAUCAGUGCUUUGGCUGUGAAAGUGCAAUCUGUGCCCAAUCUUGACCUAAGCUGGUUGACUCUAAAAGACCAGUCAUGCACACCAGUCUCUAGCAAUGAUCGCUUUGCUCAGUUUAUCUUCAGUGCAGAUUCCUGUGGAACAACUAGAACAUUCUUCGACCACUACAUGAUGUAUGAAAAUGAGAUUGGCCUGUUCUAUAACACUGAGAAGGAUCUUACCCACACAUCACCUGUUGACCCUGAAUACAGGCAAACCAUUUCCUGCUACUACGUGGUCAAUGACACACAAACAAUUGCCUUCCAUGCGAAGUCAAGAUUAUACGAACCAAAGGCAGAGAUCAGCUCUGGACAAAUGAUUGUCCAAAUGAGGCUAGCAAAAGAUUCUUCAUAUCGGGACUUCUAUGAAGCUGAAGACUACCCAGUGGAGAAAUAUCUGAGGGAGCCACUAUACUUUGAAGUUGAGUUGGUGCAGUCAACUGAUCCUCACUUGGUAUUGAUCUUGGAUAACUGCUGGGCUACUCUCCAGAAAGAAAGGACUUCUCUCCCCAGCUGGGAGAUUAUUGUGGCCAGUUGUCCAUACUCCGGCGACAGCUACACAACAGUUUUCAGUACCGUCUCUGCGGAUGACAGAGUUUCUGUACCUUCCUGCUACAAACGCUUUUCAAUGAAAAUGUUUGCCUUCAUUCAGGAAGAGCAGGUUCUGAAGCAUGAGGUUUAUGUCCACUGUGAUGUGGUAAUUUGUAACACAACCAGUCCUGCAGAGGGUAUCUGCCAAGGCCAAUGUGCUAAUCUUGCUGUGAAGGGUACUCCAAAACAAAUGAGAAGGGGACAAAGAAGCACAACCUCAACGCACCAAAAGCAGAUUUCCUCUGGACCGAUUACAAUCAACAGUCUUCAAUAAAUUCCAAAAAUA